CCACUCUCUUAUGCAAGUACGCGAGUGCAUCCACGGGCUGUAAAUGUGGUGGAAAUUGAACAGCCGUCUAUUUUGAAUCCCUGAAAACUCCUAAUUAUCUUAAAGUUUUAGCCUUUUCUGUAUUAUUUGUGAAUUCUUUAGUAAUUUUCUAAUGGUUGGAAAUAAAACACCCGCCAUAAGUCUACGUGUUGAGUCUCAUCGAGGCUCCGAAUUCGUUGUGUUUUUCAUCUCUGCACAUCAUACUGCAGGCAAAAUUUUACCGAAUUGAGUUUCUAAUUUGAGUUCAGUGUAGGUUUUAAUCUGUGUCAUCGGGCGGAUCCCAUAAUGAACCUUUUUCGGUCGACAACAGCAUAGAUUUCCCGUAUUCGCUCGUUUUUCACUUGCUACAGGCACAUUGCUUCUCUGUAAGUAAUGGCAGAUUUUAAUAACUUGUGGUGUGGAGUCACUAACCCUAAGUAGUGACAUUAAGUUUGUUUUUGUCAGUUUUAAUUUAAAAUGGAAAACCAAGUCGACUUUGAAAGUGAAUUUCCGACCGCUGAGGUUCCCAUAGUGAAAACUGAAAAUACUCGAGAUGCCUCUAUUGAGGACACAAGUGACGAGUGUCAACAAAUUGAUCAGGAGCAAACUCCUAAUGAGUGCGUAGAAGCAAGUCCUAGUGCCACAACGCCCACAACGGAACAGCCCUCUAACCCAUGGGUUACCACGAAGUGUAUAUUUUGCCAGCAAAUUUUGGGCUCUGCGGAAGAGCCAAAACUCUUGGAUUGUUUACAUUCUGCAUGCAACAAUUGUAUCGAAGCAAAAGUUCGGGAGUCGCAGCUAGCAUCAGAAAGUGACAUACUAUGUGACAAGCCAAAUAAUUUCUUCAAAUGUCCGAAGUGUGAAAUCAGUUGCUUUGCGGACAACCUCACCGAGAAUCAUUUUCUCAUAGAAAAUGCAUCUGUACUGCCAAUAGAGAAUGGCGCAUCUGCUGAAGCAGCUGCAAGACUGAAUGAUCUCAAAUGUACCUCUUGUUCCGACUCAGAGUCUGGAGCACUGGCUACAAGCUGGUGUGUUGAAUGCGCGGAAUAUAUUUGCGAUAGUUGUGUACAGGCUCACCUUAGACUGAAAAUUACAAAAGAACAUACAAUAAAACCCAAAGAAGAGGGUGAUCUAGGAGAAUUAAUUUUACCUAAAAAAUGUCUGCCCAAAAGCUUGUUUUGUUCUGUGCAUGUGCAGGAGAGGCUCUCCUUGUUUUGUGAAAGCUGUGAUAGAUUAACUUGUCGAGAUUGUCAACUAACUGAACACCGAGAUCAUAAAUAUAAAUUUAUCAAUGAAAUGGCUGCGGACACAAGGGAAACUGUCUCUGUCUUAUUAUCUGAUGUUAGCUAUAAGCGUCGUCUUCUCAAAAAUGCAAUGAAAGUUAUUGAUGACCGUCAGAAUUUAAUUGCAGAAAAGAAAAAACAACUGUUUCAAGAAAUUACUCAAAUGGUUUUGAAAUUAACUCAAGUAAUUAAUGCAAGGGGUAAGAAUUUAAUUCUAAGGUUGAAUGAAAUAUGCGAAUCAAAGCAAAUGACACUCAACGAGAAGAAAGCAGAUCUGGAGCAACUCUCUGUUUUGACUGAUCAUUGUAUAGAAUUUGUCACAAACGCUCUCUCUCAUGGAAGUGAUAUGGCUUUUUUAUUUUCUAAAACGAAUGUCAUAAAUCAUUUACAAAGGAUAAAAAGUCGGAGAGCUGAUAUACCUAACCCAGAAAUUCCUGUGCGUAUUAAUUUAGUUCUGGAUAAAAUCCCUGAGCUAAUAAAAGCCGUAAGCAGUAUGGGCUCAAUAAUGGUUGAUGGUCGUGUCUACCCACAUCCGAACACACCCUCACCUGGUGCUAUUUAUCCAACACCUCCUCCUCAACAGAAUCAAGUUGUUCAUCAGAACAUGACUGCGCCUGGUGGAUCCAGUUCAGGGAGUAGAUCUGCUCCCCUUUUACCUCCCGGCUCUCUCCCUCCCUAUCAGCAGCGAACUCCACCACCCAGCGGAAGACAGCAGCCAACCCCACCGCCACCGCACAGGCAACCUAGCCCGCUGCAUAGUCUUUCGCAACUCCAUCCACAGAUACCGCGCAAUAUUACUCUAGUUCAACAUGGACGAAACAGUCAACAAGUUCCUCCAGGCCAUCAAAUGAGAAUGCAACAUUUUAAUGGAGAAAACAGAUUAUCGCAAGUCACCUCUUCCACACAUCCAAACAACGCAAUGAUGAAUGAUCCUAAUUUAAAAACGCUCCUCGGUCACAAUAGCAACUACCCACAGCAGCAACAGCAGUCUUAUGCGCCUCGAAUGCCAGUAAAUAUGUAUAGAAUACCAAACCAAAAUGUUGCUUUUCAACAACCAGCAGUUCCUGUCCGCUAUGUACCAGUGCAACCUAAUAAUUACAUGAAUCAUCAUCAGCAACAACAGCAGCAGCAACAACAACAGCAUCAUCAACAACAGCAACAGCAACACCACCAGCAACAACAGUUACAAAUGAUGGGAAUGCGGCAUCCAGGGUCUUACAGCCACACUGCCAAGCAACUUGUACAAAGAGUCCAAGGCUCACAAUCUCCACAGCCAUCGUGGCAUAUACCUCAAACGUCCAACUCAGGUUGCAAGCAACCACCCAAUCUCGUUUCCAUGGGCUCCCUUCCAAACGAUAAUUCCUUCAAAAUCCAGCUGAAAGCACCGCCCUCAAUGAAAACUAGUUCCUCAACUCCCUCUGCAACUCCUGCAGCCAGUGGAGGCUCCGUAACAUCUUCUGUACCAAAAACUCCGUCACCUGUUAACACUCUCAGCAAUGAUUCUUCCAGUUUAGAUAAGAUGAUGAAGGUAACAUAG